AUGCAUAACAGUAACACCGAUAUCUGGCUUGCCGGAGCAAUAGCAGCUUUUACAGUCGAUUUUAUCGUUUAUCCUCUCGACACUCUCAAGACUCGGAUUCAAUCACCGAGAUACAAAGAGCUAUACACAGAUGCUGCUACAGGAGCGGUCCAGCGAAGAUUUCUCUUCCGAGGGUUGUAUCAGGGGAUAUGGAGUGUUGUCGUAGCUACAAUCCCUUCUUCAGGAGCAUUCUUCACUACAUAUGAAGGCAUCAAAUACAUCUUGAAUUCAGCGGCCACAAAAAAUUCCGAUGAUUCCACCAUCAACAAUAAACUAGCAUUCAAGCACUCUCUUCCAACGCCAGUAAUAAAUGGGAUCGCCUCUUCAGCUGCAGAGUGCGUGUCAUGUUUUAUCCUCACUCCAGCCGAAGUCUUGAAACAGAAUGCGCAAAUGGUCAGCUCAUCAGACAAUAACCGCUCCAGAGGAAAAUCAUCGACUACCUUAAGAAGACAUCCGACCAUGCAGGUUCUAUCAACGUUCCGAGCUCAUCCCACACAUCUCUGGCGAGGGUACGGAGCUCUUGUUGCUCGAAACCUACCGUUCACAGCCAUGCAAUUCCCACUUUUCGAGUAUCUACGAGAAAGAACACAAAAUAAAUGGCACCAAAAGCAGCAGACGGGGCACCAGGAGCAAACUGUCACAGAAAGGGCUCUAAUUACGGCAUUAUCUGCCGGGUUGGCGGGCGGCGUAGCGGCAGUUGUUACUACACCGAUUGACGUUGUCAAAACGAGGAUUAUGCUCAAUGCCGCCACCGAGGAAGGGGAACAGAAUGUGUCGUCUGCGUCUAGGAGGAGGGGAGCAGUGGCUGUUGGGAAGGAAGUAUAUCGGAAAGAAGGCAUGCGUGGCUUGUUCAAGGGGGUUUUCCUGAGAGGAGGGUGGACGUCGUUAGGCUUAGGGCUGUAUUUGAGUGCCUACGAGUCUGGAAGAAUGUAUUUCGAGAAGAGAAGAGAGGAUAAAGAUAAGUAG